GCGCAGCCGGCGAUUGGCGCGGCCCUGAGCCCCGCGGCCUCCGGCAGGCGCGGGACGGCACGGCCGGACAUGGGGCACGGGGACGCGGAUUCGCCGCCGGCGGCAGAGAAGAAAGGGGCGGAGGAGGAGGAGGAUGAUUUCGGCUACCGGCUGUUCCCGGACCGCAAUAAGAAGCCGCAGAGCUUCCUGGUCCGCAGCCUCUUCACCUUCCACAAUAAGUGCCAGCUGAUGCUGAGGCUGACCCUGGAAACGAAUCCACAUGCUCGACUUCUCCUUGAGGCUCUGAAGCAAUCUGGUUGCACUGUCUUCAAUGACCGGCACUUUUCUUGUGAAAACUGUGAUGGCUGUGUUAGUGGAGGUUUUGAUGCUGCCACAUCUCAGAUUGUUCUGUGUCAGAACAACAUUCGCCAACAAUCCCAUAUGAACCGUGUGGUCACACAUGAAUUGAUUCAUGCAUUUGAUCACUGCCGUGCACAUGUUGACUGGUUUAAAAAUGUCAAACAUUUAGCAUGUUCAGAGAUUCGAGCUGCUAAUCUCAGUGGAGACUGUACUUUGAUGAAUGAAAUAGCCAGGUUUAAAUUUGGAUUGAAAGGGCACCAUCAGACUUGUGUACGAGACAGAGCAAUUCGUUCCAUUCUAGCUGUUAGAAAAGUUAGCAAAGAAACAGCAGAAAAAGCUGUGGAUGAAGUUUUUGAUGCCUGCUUCAAUGAUCUGGAACCUUUUGGAAGAAUCCCACACAGCAAGGCAGAUGCAAAACGUGCUUACAGAGACUUUCAGAACAGAGAUCGCUAUACUGCUAAUUUAAUGUUUUGUGACAACAGGACUGUCGAAGUAUGAAGCUUUUUUGGGCAAUACAUAAUUUGACUGUAGUGAGGCAGCAGACUCUGGUGAGACUUGAGCUGCAGUGAGGCAGCUGAACUGCUCAGGAAGGGAAAUGCACCAGUUUCAAGAGCCUGACAUGCUGAAGCUGAAAGGGGCAGGUAAUCCCAAGAACCUCCAGAAUCUGGCAGCCUUUCACAGGGACCUUAUUUGACUGUAGGCUUGGACUCCUGCACUUUAUUUCACAUGCCUACAACAUUUUGUAUCUGAUGAUCAUUCUGUAGUUUCCUCCUGGGAAGUAUUCAGUCAUGUGAUAAGUCUCCAGCCCACUGGUCCUGCUUCUAAGGUGUCACUCAGGAAUAAGGUGCCUGAAGAUGACAACAGUGUGUUGCCUUUUCCUGAUCAGCAUCACUUUGAGAAGAUUGAAACCUAAGCACAGUCCUCACAAAGGACAAAGCAGAACACACAAAGUGCCUGAGAGAGUUGAUCAAGCCUGAAUUGCCUGAGUUCUGUUUGUGUUGGACUGUGUGUGGGUUGCAUUUAUUUCCAGGUGUAGCAUAAUUCAUACCUACAGGAACCAUUGCUUCUGGGGCUAAGCAUUGAUGUAGAUCCCUCAAAAAGUCAUGCCUGUUGUACUGGAGGAAGUUAGGUCUUGACUAAGAUUCUUCAAACCUAUGCUUUCAGUAGUUUUACAGAAUUUCAAAUGGAGAUUUCAUAAUAUUAUUUUUCUGAGGUAAUUCAUCAGUGACUGACAUAACCUCAUGGCCGAAUAUCUGAACAGAAGAAAAUGGGUUUAAUAACCUAGAUACCUAUGGAGAAAAUUACACAUUGAAUUCUAGGCUUCCCAUUGUCCAUGUAGUCUCUAUAAACCUGCAGUUUCCAAAAUCCUCUGAGGAUCAGAGAUGCCUUGAAAUCAGCAUAAUAGUAUGCGUUAAUACUCCCUUAACCUUUACUGUUCUUCAAGUCACUGUUUUAGUCAGUAUGAUGUAUGAUGCUGGUUUUUUUAUAGUUCUGACAUAUAUUCUGGCAGAUAAUGCCUUCCCUGCAUUAUACCUUAUUAACUAAAGUUCUGCUUUAAUGAA